UUUGGCCGACGAACUUUCUGAGAAGUUUAUGAAAAUAUAUGAGGCUAAAUAAUGUUGUGUCUGCCUGUCCAAUAGCAGUGCUUUGUUGAUCCUUCUGGAGAUAAGCAGAUCACAUUUAAAUGCUACACAGACCAAAAACAUGCUGAAUAUUUGUAUGACCAUCUACAAAAUGUCAGAUGUUACAAAUUGUGAAGAAAAAGUCGAUCCAUCAAAAUGCAAAUUUGACAAUCAUCAAAAUACACUUUGAACUGGCAGAACCCCAGUUAAUCAAUAAACAGUUUUCAUGACAAGAGUAGAUAUUGGACACGAAUGACAAUAACAAACUCCCCAAUGACACUCGACAAAGCGUCUAAACACUAUUCGUGUCGCUGAAAAUAUUCUGAAGGUGGAGCCGAGGGCGCGUGCUGAAACAUAACAUUAGGUGUAAAGUCCAUCGACUGCAGCGGGUCGACUGUGUCAAAUCUUCACCGUGACUCUUUUCAUUUAAAGUUAUUUCCAUAUUUGUUACUAAUCAUAAUGGAGAUUCCAGUGUAUAUCCUCGAUGCCUUUACUAAUUUACCGUUCAAGGGAAACCCCGCGGCAAUUUGUCCACUAAUGCACGAACUGAGAGAAGACUUGUAUCAGACGAUAGCAGCAGAGAUGAACCUGUCAGAAACAGCUUUCAUCACCAGGAUCGACCCCUCUGACAAUUUUACCACAGGAUCUAGGUUCCGACUUCGAUGGUUCACACCAACCACAGAAGUGAAUCUGUGUGGUCAUGCCACUCUGGCCUCUGCAGCGGUGCUGUUCAAGCAUAAGAAGAAUGUGAAUCCUAAACUGGUGUUUGAGACCAGGAGUGGAGAUCUGGCUGUCACCGAGCAAGGGGAAGGGUACGUCAUGGACUUUCCUCUCAACCCGCCCACCCAGGAGGAUGCCAAUGAGUUCAGAGACCUCAUCAAGGUGGCAGUUGGAAACCACCCAAUCCAGGAUGUUUAUCUUUGCGCAAACACCAAAAAACUCAUGGUUCGACUGGCUGACAGUUGUGACAGGUCAGUGUUAACCAGCCUGAAAGUUGACCCUGUUGCUCUCCAGAGCAGUGAGAAAAGUGCAAGAGUCAAAGGACUAAUCCUCACCAUGAAAGGAUCACCGGAUAACCAGCCUGGAUACGACUUCUACUCCAGAUACUUUGCGCCAUGGAAUGGCAUCCCUGAGGAUCCUGUCACUGGUUCUGCCCACACCGUGCUGGGAAGCUACUGGUCUAAGCAACUGGGAAAGAAUAAAAUGCUGGCGUACCAGUGCUCCAGUCGAGGCGGAGAGCUGGAACUAGAAGUGAGAGACGACGGAAGAAUCAAUAUAUCUGGACAGUCUGUCACUGUGCUGCAGGGAACAAUCACACUAUAGCCACAGCCACUCACAAGCAAGGGUUGGGGAUGAUGGGACAGUCAUGAUGUAUCCAUAUGAUUUAACAAAUAAAAACAAGCCAAUUUCAAUAAACAGGGUAUUGUCCAGACAGAUCAAUCUAAUACUGAAACAUCACUAAGCAUACAAACAUAUUACAGGAUGGAAAAAACAUCUCACGCUUUGAUAGUAUUGGUAUUAUUUAUUUUCAUAUCGCAAAAGUAUGAACAAAAUACACACAAAACAAGUCAAAUCAGAGGUUGUAUCAGUUUGCCAACAUGUACUAAUAAUUAAAAACGUAAUCACGAGUUAAAUUAUCACAGAUUAUCAGUAUUAAAUUACAUUAGAGCAGAAUAAUUUCCUCCUAAAUUGUGUUUUCCUAGAGUUUUAACAGGUUAACAUGCCAGGUAGCUUCCGUUAUAAUCAUUCCAUCUCUGUACAGCUUAACGUUUGCUCUGUUUGGUUUUAGCUUUUUCUGUUACCAACGGUAUUAUGUUAACUGAAGAAUAAAGAAAAACUGAUUAUUUAUAUAUCAGUGGUUUCAAUUAUG